GAGAGCGAAAACCAUGCGGGAGCGGCACGUGGUCAGAGGCGUCACCGAUCUUUUCGCCAUCUGGGGUCAGCGCAACGAAGCAAUUGCUUUGAGAGUUUGCAAGCACAAAGUAAGACAGAAGACAGCAUGUCCGCACAUUCUCCAGAGCGCAAAAUGAGUGACAGCUGUGCCAUCCCAACGAGGCGCGUACUAGUAAAUGAUGCAAGUCAGCUGCCCAUCGACUACAGCUCAACGCCCGGGGGUACCAUUUUCUCCACAACUCCUGGAGGUUCCAGAAUUAUUUACGACAGAGGCUUCCUGAUGCAAAUGCGCAACUCUCCAGUGGCGCGCACUCCCCCGAAGAACCUGCCAGUCAUCCCGGGGGUGACUGUACCCGGUAGCAGUCCCAACGCAAAGCACACCACAUCACCCGUCAAGCAAGUCGUCGAGAAUGGUGUCGUGCAGACGGAUGCCAAGCCUACACCAAAGCCAGAUGGUUCCAGCGACGAGCCCAUGUUUGCCAUGGACAUCUAGUGAAGCAAGUGCCAAGGAUCCACCAUAUUGCUUGCCCCUCCUGCAAAGGUUUUGCCACAACCCCAUGCGAGCUGGCACAUUUUGCCAAAAGCAGUCAAUCUUCACCACCACCACCACCACCAGCAGCGGGAUGCACAGUCAGAAGUCGCUGCCAGCAAGUGCAAAUGGGACUGGCAGAUAGUCUUAUCUUUCUUCCGCAUUUAUCUCUUUGUUUAUGUUAUGUCAGCAGCACUGGCAGACACAGUUGAAGCAGUAUUUUUAUCCUUCAAGAGGGAGCAGCAGUUGUUUGAGUCUUUUUUUACCUGGUGACAUCCGUUAUCGUCAUGCUCGAAUUGGUUGAGAACGGGAAGCUGUCCAGUUUUUAUUUGUUGCUCAGUAAGGUGCUAGAAUUUGGGGUACUGUGGCAGAGAUUUUUAUACGUUUUUUUAAGUCUUUCGCGAUUGAAUUGAAUUGAAUUGAGGGCCGAGAAACAGUUUGUUGCUCAGCGAGAUUGUAGAAGGGUGCUGCACUUUGUGUGUGGCUUGCUUCAGUGUUGCAAUAAUAAAAGAACUGGAUCUGUGUUGA